AUGUCCAAACUCGAUACCCAGCAUCAGGAAGAAGUGGAGACUGAGGGCGCCCAGUCAUCUUCGCGGCAGGAUUCACUCAGAUGGGGGCAUGCCGAGCACAAUGUGCCCGCCGGAGAUGCUGUCUUCGACCAGGUUGAGCAAUUCGCUGACCUUUAUGGAUUGACUGAGCAUGUUAAGGUGCUGCGCAAAGCUGCAGUGCUUGUACAGGGUGAAGCGUCGCUAGCCGAUAUCGACCUCAGCGGUUCAGAGUUUCGAUCCUUGCACGACGAGACGGACCGGCGGUGGCGGCAACCGAAGAUGCUUUACUUCACCAUUUUGGUAUGCUCGAUCGGUGCCAUAGAGCAAGGCUGGGCACAGACCGGCAUGAACGGAGCCAAUUUAUAUUUCCCGAAGGCGCUUGGGGUUGGCUCCAAUAGCAAGCAUGACAACUUCGUGGUGGGCUUGAUCAACAGUGCGAUAUAUCUCAGCACAGGGCUUGUUGGCGCUUGGCUCUCAGAUCCUGUCAAUAGUCGACUCGGGCGGCGUGGUGCGAUUUUCACAGGAGCAUCGUUGUGCCUAGUCUCAAAUCUGGGGUCUUCUCUGAGCAGAACCUGGCCGCAGUUGCUGGUCUCUCGAUUUCUGUUGGGCAUUGGGCUUGGCCUAGACGCAAGCACCGUGUCUGUCUACGCUGCUGAAUGCGCGCCAGCAGGCAUCCGGGGAGGUCUUGCAGUAUCAUGGCAGAUGUGGACAGCAUUUGGGAUAUUCCUAGGAUUUGUGGCCAAUGCUGCAGUCUACCACUACGGCGAUAACGCCUGGCGGUUGCAGCUGGCGGGCCCGUUCAUUCCGACCAUCCCUCUGCUUAGCAUGUUGUACUUCUGCCCCGAAUCGCCCGCAUGGUAUCUGAAGAAUGGGACCCGCUAUGAUCUUGCUUUUCGAUCUUUGGUCCGACUCCGGAAUACAGAGCUUCAGGCGGCCAAAGAGCUCUACUCAACCUACCGACAACACAUUGUCAAGUCGAAAUUCGCGGACCCCGAGGAACCCUCCUUCUCACGGAAAAUCUUCAAUCUAUUCACUGUCCCUCGCAUCCGACGGGCGACGACGGCUUCGUAUGUUGUGAUGCUCUCUCAGCAGCUGUGCGGGAUCAACAUUAUCGCAUUCUAUUCGUCGACAAUAUUCUCGGAUGCCGGCUUCUCCGAUUUUGGUGCGCUUUUGGCAUCCUGCGUUUUUGGCUUCGUCAACUUCCUGGGCGCCUUUCCUGCCGUAUGGACGAUGGACACGCUAGGACGGAGGUCGCUUCUGCUAUUAACGCUACCGAUGAUGGCGGUGACAAUGUUAGCGACAGGCCUGUCUUUCAACAUCCCAGCAGACAACGCGGCACAUUUUGGAGUGCUCGUCGGGCUUAUUUACCUCUUCUGCGCUCUGUACUCACCAGGAAUGGGCCCAGUUCCCAAUACUUACUCAGCGGAAGUGUUCCCCCUCUCACAUCGAGAGGUGGGAAUGAGCUUUGCCGUCGCUACGGCUAAUUUCUGGGCAGCCGUGCUGUCGCUGACAUUUCCUCGCAUUCUUACUACUCUCAAGUCUCAAGGCGCCUUUGCUCUAUAUGCAGCACUGAAUGUGGUGGCAGUGAUACUGAUCUUCUUUUUACUGCCGGAAACACGACUGAAAACACUCGACGAACUCGAUGAUGUCUUCUCUAUUUCCACAAGGGCAUUUGUGAAAUACCAGGUCACGGAGUACUUACCCUGGUUCGUGAAGCGGUACAUACUGCGUCAGAAGGACGUUGAUCUCCGGCCAUUGACACAUGAUGGAGGGUACCUCGAGCUUAGACAAGGUGAAGAGAUGGACGGCUGA